AUGGCAGACUACGGCUUUUCAGAUGUCACACCAGUUGAACUAAAUAGCAAGGAGCCUCAACUAUGUCAAAUAUUGUACGAUGAGGAGUACAAAUCUACAAUGGGCUCCCUAUUGGCACUCAUGCAAAAAAAAGAGUAUUCGCCUCGAGCACUUUACUUGACCGAGUUGGGAAUUGAACAAUUGGCAUCACAUUACACUACGUGGAUAUACCGUUUCAAAAUUUUGCAGAAUUUACCAAACACAAACUAUUACGACGAAUUGGACUGGUGUGAACAGGUUGCCUUGGAUAACGAGAAGAACUACCAAAUAUGGAAUUAUCGCCAGUUGAUUAUUAAUGAGAUCACGAAAGGGGAAGAGAGUGGGGUAGAGAACAGAUUUAAUCCUCAUCGAGAAUUCCCAAUCUUAGAGGCUAUGUUAGACUCUGAUCCUAAAAACCAUCACGUAUGGUCCUACAGAAAAUGGCUUGUAGAAAAGUUUGAUCUUUUCAACGACGAGAAGGAGCAAAUAUUCGUGGACCAAGCUAUAAAUGCUGAUACUUUAAACAACAGUGCCUGGAGCCACCGAUUUUUUCUAAGUUUUGGCAACAAGGAUGCAGUGGUAGAUCCAGAGUUGUUCAACAGAGAGGUUGAUUACGUGAAAGAUAAAAUAAAACAAUGCCCUCAAAACGCUAGCUCUUGGAAUUACUUAACUGGGAUCUACGAUAAGUACGACAUGGAUUUGGUCGAUUUGGAGGGAUUUGCUACCAACUUUGUCGAUCUUGAUGCAAAGCAAGUAAAGAGCUCGUUUGCGUUAGAGCUUUUAGGUAGAAUUAACAAACAGGCGAAUAACGAGGAAAAAGCUGAUGCUUACUGCAAAUUGUUAAGAGAAGUGUGUAGUAAAUAA